GUCUUGCCCCGGUCUCUUAGACUGGAGCAGUUUUGUUGGUGUAGUUGGAAAUAACCAACACAAAUGUGCUAGCCGGUCAGAAUCGUCUUUGUGGACGCAGAAAUGGAUUUACCAGCGUCGUAUUAUGGGGAACUUGAUCAAAGAAACCCAGUACUUUCAGCUUUUAAGCGAGAGAUUAACUCGUUUAUAACGCUGAUGAAACAAGUGGUUUCGUCGAACAACCAGGACAACAGCACUUAUGCUAAAGGGAUUAAAAUCCUGGUGGAGAUAUGGAAAAAGUUCAAACAUCGACUGCCUUUGAAACUGUACCAGGAGCACAUGUUGCAGAUUGCAGAUUUUCUAUUUGGAAUAAAGCUGUACCAGCUGGCUCUAAGGCAGGGCUACAGUCUCCACCUGUCACAGUUCAGCUCAGUGAAAAUAACUGACAUCACAAAUGUGGAUCAGUUUAUGGCCUGCUUCUUCCCCGAAGGGCUUGAUACAGACCAAAAUAUCUUUUCCAUGAAGGUACGUGCCAUGCAGGGCUGUGCCCUGUGUAUAUUCGAGCUGGAGAGACAGCACAGGUUUCUCAGUCAGAAGGGGCUCUGUAAACUGCUGCGUGUGCUGAACUUCAUGAGGACCAUGAUGCAGGCAUUUCAGCAACAUGAGCACCUCUACUGGCAGAUAUAUAAUGGUUCAUUACACAUUUACAAUGUCUGCCGUUAUUUGAUGACUAUGCAGUGCAGCGCACAGGCACUGGAGUACCUCCUGUGGGCAAGCAUCAGUUUAGAGUUGUCCAUCCCUCUGAUGACAGCUAAGUAUCUGCCAGUGAUUGUCACACUCUACUGUGCCGUCUGCCAGUGUUACUAUGACAACCAUGCUGAGGUGCAGGCGGAGGAAUUUGCCCGGAGAGCCCUCGGAAAAAUCAAUGAAUUAGCAAAACUCGGGGAGCACAGUGAAGUUCCUGCCACCAGAGAGACUCAGAGAGCUUACAAAGAUGCCUCCAUCAAGCUUGGUGCCAUGAUUUUCAAGCGAGCAGCAUUUGAGACCCGAAAGAGACCCAGAACCCUGUACAAGAGCAAAAUCAAAAGCACCCUGAAGGACAUACCUAAUGUGCCAUGGCCUCGUACCCCAACAGAGCGCCUACUAACAGGUUUGUUUGAGUGCAGCGCAGCACAGUUCCUGGGCAUUUUGGAAGCACUCUGGGACAGCAACACGCGCCCACUUCAAAUGAGAAUGCCUGAAGAUCCGGAGCUACAAGAGGUCUACCUGGAACUCCUGUCUGCUGGAAUUAGUUUGUUAUCUGGUGUCACUGGUGAGCAGAGGUAUGAUGACCACCCGUGCCUGUCUCCUCUUGUUCUGACACCGAAUUCGACUCUGAUAGAUUUAGCCAUUUCAGGUGAGUCAUUUUGGUCCUUUAUUACAAUCAGCAUGUGUGAGGUGCAGCCAGAUGCAGACCUGAUUUUGGAUAUUGUGUUGUUCCUGUGGGGUAAGAUGAAAGCGGUGAUACAGAGAGAUCCUCUGCAAAAUCAUGACAAGUGGUUGUGGUGUCUUUAUGUGUUGUAUGAGGUGGCCCUCGCCUGUGACCUGGCAGCUGUUGACUGUAUCAUGAUAGCAGAGAUGAGCCACACAUUGGGCAUGCUGCUUGAGAAUGCAGCUGAAUAUUUUCUUGAAACUUCAACGUCAGGAGUUUGCGAAAGAGACUGUGAUGAUGCAAAACCAAACUCUUUCUCUAUUCUUGAGAGUUCAAGCACAGAGCUGCUUCAGAAAGUGUGUGAGGUGGUAAAGAGGGGUCUCGAGGCUUUGGCAAGGGGUGUGGCUACGCUGGCCCCCCAGGACUGCUCAGCUUUCACUGACUUUGCGUUCAUACAGGAUGCUGCUACCCUCAUAGAGAAAGCAGGUAUGGAGGAGAGAAAAGUGUACAUGUCCUCCACUCCUAAUACUAUAUCUGAAGAUAAAGGCAAAGGAAUCAAGGAGGACGGACGGAGCCCUCCACCUCCUCCUGUCCUACUGUCACGCAACGACCACUCCAUGAGCUUUGCCCCAGCACCUUAUAACUUAGAGGGGACAAGUGUGCUGGUACCAGCUUUGCGGUCGGGUAGCUGGGGGGCAUAA